AUACUAUAGUAUAAUCUAACUGCACUGAUUGUAUGAAGACAAAUUUCCAACAAAGCAAUGUCCAUAUGCAGCAAGGAAGAAGGCCAAGUCCACGUUAGCAUUAUUAACCGCAUACAGACAAAGACUGAUCUGUGUGGUGCCUAAUUCAACAUGUUAUUUAUUCCAAGGACAAAGGAACAACUUACUCUUUAUCGCAACUUCAAACUGAUAACUGACUCAAGCAAACUUUUCUCCCACAUUCCGCUUAAUCAAUCCCGCUAUCCUGAUGGACCAUUUUCACAAGUUAUCAGAAGCUGAAGCAGUAAUAAAUACACCAAAGCAAGAAGAAAACGAGGAAGAAGUCGACCCUGAAAGAAGCAUGCUGCAUCGGCCUCUGCUCAAAGAAAAUCAAACACUUUCUUCAAACUCUAUAGCCGUAGUAGGAGUUGGAGCGAAGGUUUCUCACAUAGAGAGCUUGGACUAUGAGAUCAAUGAAAACGAUCUGUUUAAGCAAGACUGGAGAAGCAGAUCGAAAAAAGACAUACUGCAGUACAUCUUCUCCAAAUGGUUGCUGGCAUUCCUUAUUGGGCUGCUAACAGGGCUGAUAGCCACCCUCAUCAAUCUCGCGGUCGAAAAUAUUGCAGGAUACAAACUUCUAGUUGUCGUUGAAUACAUCGAGCAGAAAAGAUACCUAAUGGGAUUCGCAUAUAUUGCUGUGGCAAACCUUCUCCUAACUCUGGUGGCUACCGUUCUCUGUGUCUGUUUUGCACCUACAGCAGCAGGACCAGGAAUUCCUGAAAUAAAAGCUUAUCUCAAUGGAAUUGACACCCCCAAUAUGUUUGGGGCAGCACCAUUGUUUGUGAAGAUCAUUGGAAGCAUUGGAGCAGUUUCUGCUGGAUUAGAUCUUGGGAAAGAAGGUCCUCUGGUGCACAUUGGUUGCUGCAUUGCAUCCCUAUUGGGUCAAGGUGGUCCAGACAACUACCGCGUCAAAUGGCGUUGGCUAAGAUAUUUCAACAAUGACAGGGACAGACGUGAUCUAAUCACAUGCGGCUCUUCAGCUGGAGUCUGUGCUGCUUUCAGGUCCCCAGUUGGUGGUGUCCUAUUUGCUCUUGAGGAGGUGGCGACGUGGUGGAGAAGUGCUCUCCUUUGGAGAACCUUUUUCAGUACCGCUGUUGUGGUUGUAAUUCUUAGGGCAUUCAUAGAGUACUGCAAAUCUGGAAACUGCGGCUUAUUUGGGAGAGGAGGCUUGAUCAUGUUUGACGUGAGCGGUGUUUCUGUAACAUACCACCUAACCGACAUCAUCCCUGUUGUUGUCAUAGGAAUUCUUGGGGGUGUCUUGGGAAGCCUAUACAACCACUUUCUCCAUAAGGUCCUCAAGGUCUACAAUAUCAUAAAUGAGAAGGGAAAAUUGCCUAAACUUCUUCUCAGUCUGAGUGUAUCCCUUUUCACUUCUAUAUGCAUGUUCGGGCUUCCUUUUCUAGCAAAGUGCAGACCAUGUGAACCCGACCUACUGGAUAGGGGAUGUCCCACAACAGGUGGAACAGGAAACUUCAAAAAAUUCAACUGCCCAGCAGGCUACUACAAUGACCUAGCCACUCUUCUCAUUACCACCAAUGAUGAAGCUGUUCGGAACAUUUUCUCCAUAAACACUUCCGAUGAGUUCCAUAUUUUCUCUCUCACUCUCUUCUUCAUACUAUACUGUAUACUGGGACUUAUCACCUUUGGUAUUGCCGUCCCAUCUGGUCUCUUCCUCCCUAUCAUACUCAUGGGUUCUGCUUAUGGCCGUAUUCUAGGAAUUAUCAUGGAACCAUACACGAAAAUAGAUCAGGGCCUCUAUGCUGUUCUUGCAGCAGCCUCCCUUAUGGCUGGUUCCAUGAGAAUGACUGUUUCCCUGUGUGUCAUAUUCCUUGAGCUCACCAACAACCUUCUCUUGCUCCCCAUUACGAUGAUAGUUAUUCUAAUUGCUAAAACAGUGGGCGACUGCUUCAAUCCAAGCAUUUACGACAUAAUACUGGAACUAAAAGGACUACCUUUCUUGGACGCGCAUCCUGAGCCAUGGAUGAGGAAUAUUACAGUUGGUGAGCUCGCUGAUCACAAGCCAGCAGUAGUCACCCUAAGUGGAAUUGAGAAGGUUGGUCGAAUUGUGGAAGUACUAAAAAAUACCACACACAAUGGUUUCCCAGUCGUAGAUAUAGGAGUGGUUCCGCCAAUGGGGGCACCAAAUGAUGCGGCUGAACUCCAUGGCCUGGUCUUGAGAGCUCAUCUCAUUUUAGUGCUGAAGAAAAAGUGGUUCCUGCAAGAAAGAAGAAGAGCAGAAGAUUGCGAAGUGAGACAGAAUUUCACUUCCAUGGAAUUGGCUGAAAGGGGAGGCAAGAUUGAUGAGGUUAGAGUAACCAAGGAUGAAAUGGAGAUGUUUGUUGAUCUACAUCCCUUGACCAACACGACUCCAUACACGGUGGUCGAAAGCAUGUCAGUCGCCAAGGCAAUGGUGCUCUUCAGGCAAUUAGGGCUCCGCCACAUGCUUAUCAUACCCAAAUAUCAAGCAGCUGGGGUGCAUCCUCUGGUGGGAAUUUUGACAAGACAGGACUUGAGAGCCCACAACAUUUUGAGUGCAUUUCCUCAAUUGGAAAAGUCAGCUGGAAAUAAAAGGGGACAUUGAUCUUCAAGACUUCAACACAAUUGCUCAUUCACUUUCCAGAUACAUCAAAAUUCUUCUUUUAAUUUUCCCAUCAUUUUGUUGCAUAAUUCAUUCUAUAAUCCAUAUGCAUAGAAUAUUACAAAGGGGUGUAGAUUGUUUAUCACGAUACAAUUGUUAAUCGUACAUCAUUUAUAAUUCAUCACA